AUGGUACCUGAUGAAACCCAAUAGAAUAAGCAAGAAGACAACUUUUCGGGGCAGUAAGAUGAUUAGUUGCAUGAUAUGAUUAGCAGCAAGCAUGUACAUAGAUCAGAAAAACAUAUCUAUAAUUAAAGAGAUGCUAUGUAUAUUUAAGAUUCAAAUAGCAUUAAGCUUACAAAUCUUAAUGAAAAUUAAUAAUUCUCAAGUAAUCUUUAGUAAGCAGCCGAAAUGCAUAAUAGUCUCUAUGGUAAAACGCCUGAUGGUAAGUUUCCAUCAGAGCUUUUAGCUUCCUUUCCUACUCCUAAGCAAUUAGAUUCUAAGAAUUAAAGAGAUGGUCUGAUAGUCGAGAUAAAAUAGCUUGAAAAAAUGAUCAAAAAACAAGAGGAAUAGCAUAAAUAACAGCUGAUUCAUGUAGAAACAGUAGGGAUCAUGACAAAAUAUUAAUUGGUAUUUAUAAAAUUAGAAACUAUGCUCACAAAAAUAGCAAAUAUGAUUAAGAAAAGAGAGUGGCUCCAUAAACUCAAUGCAUUUAAAGACAUUUAAUAACAUAGCUACAUAAAAAAAUAAAACAACUAAUUAAAAUCUAAACUUAUCUUCCGUAUUUUGGAAAAAAAAGUAGGAAGCAUUCAGUUUGCUCUUCAGAAAAUCAUUAAUAAACAGUUAAACUAGUCUUUCAAGAAAAUUAUAUUUGUAAAUAACUUAAAAGAAUAUGAAUAGAAAAUCAAAUUAGAGCAUGAAAAGUUCAAAAAGGAAUUCGUAGUAACACUCAAUAAAAAGGAUUAAGAAUUAAGUAGUAUUAACAAAAAGAAUGAAGAGUCUAACCAGUUCGUAUUCUAGCUCAAAAAUAAAGAAAUAGAGCUUAUCACUAAAAUAAAGGGUAAAGAUCAACAAAUUUAGAUGCUUUAAAGAUAGUUAGCAAGUUUGAAUGCCCUGCCAAAUCCAAACCCUCAAGCAAAUACAAAAAAAGAUCCUCAAUAAUUAGUCACAUAUAAAUUACUAGAAUAAAAGGUAAGAGAGGCUGAGCAAGAAAAUAUUGAGUUAAAAGAAAAAUUAUCUCAAACUGAAAACAGCGUUGCUGGAUUUAUGAGAGAAAUGGGAGAUAUGCUAGAUAGCCAUGAAAUGUCGACAAACAUAGUUUCAGACGAUAAUGUUUCUCUAAAUAAUUCACAUUCAAACAACUAAUUUUAAGGUGAAAUGUGA